CACACCAGUGCUGAGGGAAGUUCCCCCUCCCCCCCACCGCCCAGGUCCGAAGCCUAUUCUUAAAGCAAGAGGCGGAGUCACUCCUAUCCUUUCGUUCUCCCAGACCUGAGCUCGGGUCGUUGUGCUCGGGUUGCGUUGCCUCUCUCCCGCUCACCCUUCUGCCCCCCGGGAAGUCCCCCCCUCCCCCCUCCUCCACACACCCUUGGUGGUGUGCAGGCCCCCCACGAAACCCCAAGCCACCACCCCUCAGACCGACCUCCACCCGUCCAGCCGACCGCAGCCUUCGGGGAACGCAGAAGGAGAAGGACAAGCAGCAGAGCUCCACUGAAGCAGAGAUGGACCCGCACAAGUACGGCACGCCGGGCGGCCAGGAGAAGCUGGAGAUCGUGGGGGUGGAGGACGCCGACGGGAACCCCAUCAGCGCGCUCACCAUCCUGUCGCUGCUGGAGCGCGUGGCGGGCAUCAUCGACAACGUGCAGUCGGGCCAGCAGCGCAUGGAGGAGCGGCAGACGGACCUGGAGAGCAACAUCCGGGGCAUCCAGGGGGACGUGCUGAAGCUGUCCAAGGACCACCACGCCACCAGCGGCACGGUGGAGAAGCUGCUGCAGAAGACCCGCAAGGUCAGCGCCAACGUCAAGGAGGUGCGCACGCGGGUGGAGAAGCAGAACCUGCGCGUCAAGAAGGUGGAGGGGGCGCAGGACGAGCUGCUGACGCGCAACAAGUUCCGCGUGGUCAUCUACCAGGGCGAUGCGGAGAUCCCCUCCGUGGCCGUCACCAAGACCCCCAAGGGCCCCGGCCUUGACGGCCUGGAGGUGGAACCCGACGCCUACGAGGUGCCGGUCGACCUCUCCUCGGACGAGGAGUACGACACGGUGGAGGAGGCGGAGUCCACCCGCGGCGCGCGCCUGAAGCAGUCCAUGAUGAAGGGCACGGCGGGCCUGAAGGCCGCCUUCUCCAAGGAGAAGAUGGCCAAGACCAAGGAGAACCUGGGCACCAAGUUCCACCACCUGGGCGAGAAGGUGGUGCCGCCCGAGCGCCGCGAGAAGAUGCACAACGCCGGCGAGCGCCUGAAGCAGUCGGGCGAGCGCCUGAAGGAGAACAUCGCCAAGAAGGCACCGAGCAAGGAGGCGUUCCGCAUCAAGUUGAAGAAGGAGCGCACGGUGGCGGAGGGCGAGGAGGGGGCGGAGGGCGCCGCCGACGAGCCCGCCGCCGCAGCCGACGCGGUCCCCGAGGUCGCGGUCGCCACUGGCGCCGAGGUCGGCGUGGAAACCAAGAGGGAGCGCGCCGUGGACGAGGCGGGCGCUGUGCGGAUCAGAGAGGAGGAUGGGAAGGAGGAGGAGUACAACCGUAUGUAGGAGGCCGGAAGGAAAACAUGGCCGCCGCCACCACCCCACACGAGAGGCUUCUGAUGUACCAGCGAGGAAGGGUCGUCGCGUAUAACGGACAUUUUGGUGCGUUAAUAAAGUAUUACAGGUUUGGUUUAGAGGUGGCUCGUACUGAGCUUUUAUUUUGGAACGGCUCUGGUGGCCUUAGCCAGUACUUCAGAUCUUGGUGUUUUUGAGCGGUUAUAAAAAUGGACCUGCAACGCAUUUAUCAACACGUAUUUUGAACCGUUAAGAUUGUUGAGUCGUCGAUGAAUAGGGGAUUGACUAGAGCCCAUGUGUAAUGUUUAGGAGAAACUUACCGACAGCCAAAGAGAGCAGUGAACAAGAUGGCUUCCCUCCUGAUGAGUCUGGGACGUCCCUCCUCUUGAAAUAUGAGAUGAUGUGGAGAGAAGGGGGUUGUGGUUUACUAAUGUGGUUCUAAGAACCACUGAGUUAUGGUUUAUGGUUUGGCCAUCCCAAGAUGGCUGACAGGGAAAUGAUUAAGGGAAGAGAGGUUAGACCAAGCAGAGAAAGAGACGCAGAGACUGGCAGGACAUCAAAUGUACACGGGAAGUUUGUUUGUGAAAUCCAUCUCAAGAGUGAAUGUAUAAUGUUGUACAUAUCAUGGCCGAAACCAGUAAAGCUAUCAUUUUGAUUGGUCACCACAGAGCUCAGCUGGUUUGAGCAUUAUGUUAAAAAAUAACGUUAACUGUUCCUCAUUGACUGUUAAUAUUCAGUAAAUAUUAGUUAAACGGCAGACAGGAUUCUGUGCCAGUUUAUGACCACUAGAGAGGAGUGAUGUUAAAGAAGCGUUUAAAUCGUAGCUCUGCAGACAUCAAGUAGUUAGGUUUUUAGCAUUCCUUGUUUAGCGAGACCAGCGCUUACUUAGGGACACCGGUGGCGAGCACAGGAAUUGCACUCUGCUUUAGCAACACAAUCUAUGUGGAUACAAUCUUUUUUUUUUUUAAGGAAUUGAAAACUGUAUUUUACGUUUUGAAUCACCUUUGAACCUGGCUUGAACUAGCUUUAACUAAUGAGCUAGCUUUAAUGAAUGGAAUUAGGCCAAUAUGUACUCCAAUCGUAGAUGAUUAGAAAGAGAUAUCACUGUGCAGGCUGAAUAAAAUAGCUGCUUAUGGCAAAGGGAAUGGGAUCGUGCAAGUUUGUGUUAAGAGUGUGAGUCAAUGCUCUGAUUUUGUGUAUGAAUUUCAUUUUUUCGUUUUCUGCCGCUUACAAUGUGUGGUUUAUUUUAGCUUUGACAAUAAGAUGAUAGAAUGGCUGUCAUCAUAUUCAAUCCAAUAUACUUUCAUACAAGAGGCUUUAAAUAUCAGAUGACAAGUUUAUAUUGAAGAUAUUUUAAACAGUUUAAAUUAUUUCAACGAUUUAUAUGAAUGUUUAUACAUAACAGGUUUUAGAAUGUAUCUUUUUUUACGUCUUCAUCACUACUACAGUAACAUCCAGGAAUUGCUUCAGACUUGAAUAGUAAAAUAU